AUGUUCGAGAGCAACUCUCCACUGCCUUCUGAUAAACCAAGUAUUACGGUUGAUGACCUUAGCAAAGCGUCCAGCAAGUACGACAUCGAGUACUACUACCGUGACACUUCGUUCCUCUGCAAGCUCGACAAGCACCUCAGCCCAAACUACCACCCUCGAAACGCAGUCCUACACACCAAGCCCAGUCGAAACUCCCGCUAUAGUGACCCCAGUGUCCACUGA